AUGGCGACGGCAGCCCACCGGAACUCAAUCACUGAAGACAGUUUCUUGAAAGCCGUUCUGUGGUUGCCUCUCAAAGCAAUCGAUGGAUUGAAAGAGCUAGGAUGUGAUACUAAAGAAAUCGGCCUGCCAUAA